AUUGCACGUAAUCGCUGAUCGCGUGAAUACGCGAGCUUCGCUUCGACAUGCGGCGUAUUCGCCGCGGACUCUGAUCCUCCAGUGAUCGCGUCCUCGCGGUAAUCUCGUUGAAGAUUUACGCCACGUUUCACGUUGCGCUUCUCCUUCCCCGUAGGAAACGCUUGCAGAGUAAAAGCCGACUCAUCGUUCCUGCACGAUGGUGAAGUACUACGAGAAUACUACGAUCUUCAAAUUCGAUUGGACGCAAGUAGUUCGAGGAUUCUUUCAGAGAUAUCCCAACCCGCACAGUUCGCACGUUCUCACAGAGGAUACGAUCUCGAGGGAAGUCACGAGUGGAAAACUCUACUCCAAGCGACUGUUAACAAAGACCAACCGAGUGCCGAAAUGGGGUGAGAGAUUCAUCAGUAAAAACAUUGUCAAAAUCGUGGAAGAGAGUAUUGUCGAUCCAGAGGAGAAGACUUUGACCACCUACACGAGAAAUUUGGGAUACACCAAAGUCAUGAGCAUCGUUGAGAAAGUGGUUUAUCAGAUCUCUGAGGAGAAUCCGGAAUGGACAGUUGCAAAGAGAUCAGCAUGGAUCGACAGUCAAGUCUUUGGCUUUAGCAGAGCGAUUCAAGCCUUUGGUUUGGAUCGAUUUAAAAAGAACUGCGUCAAGAUGUCGGAAGGCUUUAAUUACGUUCUCGCAAAUAUGUUUCCUCCUCAAUUUCUAAAUCCGACAUUACCUCAGACGAGUUUCUCUAUGCAGACCGGCCAUACUGCCGCGGACGACAGCAUUACGACAAAGCCGAGCCUCGCGGAAGAUUUACAACAUUCUUUACAGGGUAGAGCAGAGAAGAUGAAAGACGCCGCUAAGAAAGCAACGGACUUGGCAAAGGAGAAAGCGAGACCGAUAUACGCGGCUUGUCAGCCGAAUCAAUCGUAAAUUUCCACGAACGCGAGGCGCAACACAACUGUAUGUCGUUUAACGAAUGAAAAUGUUCACAAAUAACAUCGUAUUAUUGUGAAGUAUUUUAAAUGAAACGAUGGUAAAGCUUUAGAGAGACUAGUUCGAGAAUGCAAUUAUAAUUGUACAUUAAUUAAUCAGCACAGUUUAAUGACAAUUAGUGCAGAAAGAAUUAGAAAGUCGGUUGAAAGUUGAGAUAUAUUAGGCUUGAUAGCACAAGGUUUUCAGAAUGCAACACUUGUACAUGUGUAAAAUUUGCUAAAGAUUCUCUCGCGUCUGACCCACUUGUAUAUUACCAUUCCUUUUAACUGCCAAAUUGUUAAACGUGCUAUCAAAUGUGAUACAUACAUACAUACAUAUACAUAUAUGCACAGAUAUGCGCAUUAAAUUAUUUAAUCAUUUUUUACACAUGCAGAAAAACAUUUUUUUAUUUCUUUUAUAAAAUCGUAAAAUAUCAUCUCGAGAAACAUUUUAAUAUGCUUGUCAACAACACAGCGUUCAUUCGCGCAUUCCGCGCAUAUGUAAAUCUCGCAAUUGACAAUUACAGAGAACAGCAUUUUGUAUGCAAUUAUUAAUGCCGAUGAAAGCAAUUACGUACGUUACGAAUAUACAUUCAAAGGGAUAAUUUUACAAUGAAUUAUCCUUUGUUUUGUUAUUGUAGUAUAUAAAUAUAGUUUCUAGAUGUUCCGCAUCGGCAUGGACAGUGUAUUGACCAAUGCAAGCUACUGAAAGGCUUGAUUCCAUACAUCUUUUGUGGAUAUCAUAAUUUCAACAUAUAUUGCUAUAUGUUUCUAAAAUUAUUAGAUCUGUGAUUUAAAACUGAUGCACAGUAUUUUUGUACUUUAUGUAAAUAUCUUUCUUUUGAGUUAUUAAACAAAGAUGUUUAAAUUGAUAAAUAAAUAAAUAACUUUGGCAACUGAAUUAAAUUAAAUUUUCACAAAUUAAUUUGUUUUCACACAUAUUUAAAUAAAGUUUAAAUUUCAUAAUCUUUUUAAGUUACAAAUAUUUUUACUGAAAUUUAUUUCAUCUAUAACCUUCGUGUUUAGGGAUAAGUGACAAACAAAUAUGUGUCUAAAAAUACAAUAUAAUUUCUAAAUAUACACCAAUAAAUAAAAUUUGAAUGAGCAAUGUAACAGCAAAAUUAUCAAAUACUUCUAUUCACAAAACUUGAAUAUAUAUAUUAACUUUUUUUUUAACCAUCUGUCAUACAUACUGAAACAAAGGAACUGAAAAUAUCUGAUAUUAGUGUAGCAUAGCGCUAAGUCAAUUGCAUCCUUUAAUAUGUACUUAGAAUAAUUAAAAGAAUAUAUCUACAUCUAAAUAAAUAUAAUAUUUAAGAA